AUGCAGCAGAGCACCCUGAAGCAGAAGAGGCGAGAGCGCACUUUCUUCACAGAUGAACAGCUGCAAGAGCUUCGGGAUUACUUUGAGCACAACAGGUCCCCCAGGUUCUGCGAGCAACAGGCCCUAGCACAGAAACUGAACCUCAAUGAGGACAUCGUGAUGGUUUGGUUUAAGAACCAGCGUGCCAAGCUCUCGAGAGCAAAGAGCAAAGCCCCAGGACCACCACAGGGGCUGGCAGUGCACCAGCCCAUCACCACAAAUCCUGCUGUCCUCCAGUCUCCAGUGGCCCCUACAACCGACAACCCAAGCGCCGGGUGCUCAGCUCCUGCUGCUUGGACCAAGACCCAGAGGAAGCGCACGUUCUUCACUCAACAACAGCUGCAGGGGCUCAAGAGCUCCUUUCAGCACAACCAGCACCCAGGCUAUGGAGAGAUCCUGGCCUUGGCACAGAGGCUGCAGCUGAAGGAGGACCGAGUCUCCGUGUGGUUCUCCAACCAGAGGGCCUGGGCAAAGGACAACUCGACGCCUCAGCCUCAAGGCCUUCAGGAUACCCAUGUUUAUGCCCCAGCAAUGACACCCACUGAUGGAUGUCCCCCAAGGCAAAUUGCUGCUGUGCCCCACAGCCCUGGAAGCCAGGGUUCAUAUGAGCCCAUGGAUUCAUUGGACCCAGCACCUGCCUGUGGCUCCAGAGCCACACCCUCAACUCCAGACCCUGCAGGCCCCACCAGCACAGAGUGCCUGGAACCCAACAGUGGCAGCACCCCAGUCUGGGGCCCUGAGAACACAGUGGACCCUUCUCCGUCACUAUCCACUGCCUACCCUGUAGAGCCCUCUGACCUAAGAUUAUUACCGCCAGAUAACCAGCUACUCUACAAGGAAAUCGAUGACCUGAUGGAAUACAAUGCUUUGGACUCCCACCUCCCCUCCUCAGAGCUGCUGCCCGACAUCCAAGACGAACACAUCUUUGACUACUUCUGGGAGCAGAAGUAG